AUGGCUCUGGGAAGAGGCAGUGCGAGGAACGGUGCCGCCGGCCUGCUGCUGCUCGGCCUGCUCGUGAUGAGCGCCGAGGCGGCCAAGUACACGGUGGGCGACUACGGGGGCUGGAAGUUCAACGUCGCCGGGUGGGCCAAGGGGAGGACCUUCCGCGCCGGCGACGUGCUCGAGUUCAAGUACAACGGGGCGGUGCACGACGUGGCGGCCGUGGACGCGGCGGCGUACCAGAGCUGCGUGGUGCCCAAGGGCAAGAGGGCGAUGCGCAGCGGGCACGACAAGGUGAGGCUGGUCAAGGGGAUGCACUACUUCGUCUGCACCGUGCGCGGGCACUGCAAGGCCAACAUGAAGAUCGCCGUCAGGGUCAUCUAG